AUGGCAGGAUUAUUUGAUUUAGAAAGUCAUUUAGUUUUUUACAGAUCAUAUCAUUUCAAUAAAACAAAUGUAACUAUUCAUUUAAUUUGUAUUCCAAUAAUUUUACUCUCCACAAUUUCAUUUUUAACUCCAGUUUAUCCACUUUCAAAUAAUUAUCCUUUUUAUAAUUUAGGAAAUUUGUUAGCUUGGUCUUAUGGAAUUUAUUAUAUUUUAUUAGAUUGGAAAGUUGGUAUUCCUGCAUUUUCAUUCCUUGUUUCCUUUGCUUAUUUAAUUAAUAAUUAUUAUUUAAGUUUGAAUCAUGAAUUGCAAAAUGAAUUUAUUAAAAUUGCAAUUGGCUUGCAUGUCUUUUCUUGGUUGGCUCAAUUCUAUGGAUAUGGUGUUCAUGAAAGAAGAGCUCCUGCUUUAUUAGAUAAUUUAUUACAAGCUUUAGUUUUGGCUCCAUUUUUUGUUGCAUUUGAAAUUGCUUUCUUCUUGGGAUAUCGUAAAGAUUUAAAGAAAAAUAUGGAUAAUAAAGCCGGAAUUAAGAUUAGAGAUUUUAUUCAACAAAAUAAGACAAAGAAAGAAGUUUCCUAA